AUGGGGACACUCCCUCGGGAGGGAGCAUGCGCGCCAGAGGACGGGAUCCGGCCUCGGCGCUGCAGGAGCGACAUGUGAGUGGGGCGUCUGAGCGGAAGCCCAGUGCGGCGGGAGGGAGGGAGAGCGCGGCCUAAUGGUUAGGGCGCUUGGCUUGGGAAACCCUCAGGGCUCCAACACAAAGGCAUCUUGCAUCUUUAUGCUGUGACAUUUUUAUGCCCCGAGACUACGGACAAAGAGCGAGAUGCACAAUUAAGACAUUAAACAAGCCCAAGGUCUGGUUGAAGAAGAAUAUUUUCUCCUGGCACCUAAAGGUCUGUAAUGGAGGUGCCAGGCAAGUCUCCCUGGGGAGAGCAUUUCGCAAAGGGGGGGCCAGCGCAGAGAAGGCCCCGUUCUCCUGCUGCCACCCUCCAGGCCUCACGUAGAGGAAGCUCACAAAGAAGGAUGGUCAGAGGAUGAUCUCAGGGUCUAGGUAGGCUCAUAUGGGGUAGUCCUUGAGGUAUUGCGGUCCUGAGCUGUUUAUAAUUCUGUGGUAAACCAAGUUAGGCACUUCAUGCUUCUAAUGUUACAAAAUGACUUGUAAAGAGCACUUAAAAAGAAAAGAGCAUUGCAUUUCCCCCAUUUUCAAAAAAAAAUUCUAGAAAUUUUACAUUUACAUCCUGAUGUUAGCAAUGCACUCCAAAGCAGUUCUUCCUACGUGUUGGGUAUGAUUUUGCCAGGAGCAUGUGGAAUAAUGGCAAAGUCUGUGCAUGGGAGAAUGCACAGAGGGCCUCCAGCGAUAACCACGAAUGUCAGGGAUUAGGGAGCAUGGCUAAUCUUUGAGGAGGGGGCAGAGACUCUGUAAAUUACAGGGCUCUCCAUGUACCUGCACUGGAAUCCUAUCCAUGUUGGAUCAGAUCACUCUAAUGAAUGCUGUUGUGCCUCCAUCCUGACAGGCAGGCGGCCCUGGAGGUGACCGCCCGGCAUUGCCGAAAAGAAGCAGAGCAGUAUGGCCAGUGUGUGGCUGCCAACCCUUCCUCCUGGCAGCAGGACUGUCACCAGCUCAAGCUUGAAAUGGCCAAGUGCACGUCAUCCCAGUAAGUUUCCAAGCAGGGCACCAUUCCGUAGCACAAGCCCAUCUUGUGCAAUAAAACUUUGAUGCGUCAAUGUUGGGGGGGGGGCAACCCUCUGGUGCAUGUUUCCCCCCCUCCCGCUUGGGGAUCUACUUUCAAAGCAAUGACUGAAUGGCUGGAUUUAUAUAGCACCAGGAAAGCCUGACUUUGAAUGCCGUGCUUAAAUCACACAUUAAACUGAUGUGACUAAUAGCCUUCUAAGCAGGGCUUUUUCUAGUUCUGGCUCCUCCCAGGGGGGCACCAUUGCCUUUGUAAGAGAACGAGGCGAGUUCUGGCACCUCUUUUUCUAGAAAAAUAGCACUGCUUCUAAGCCAGUGCAUGUUGGAAGCCUACACGGGUAACGAUUUCCCUGUGGUCUGCAUUGUGUAUAAAUUAGGCCUGUGUCUGGGGAAUGUCUAUCCUGUACUCUGCCCCCAGCUAGAGAAAGGAAGUGAUGUCUAAAUUACUCCUAUAAUCCUCCUGUGGUUCUAAUGUAGAGACUGGGAACCUCAGGCCUCCAGAUCUCACCCUCCACUGGACCUGGUCUAUGCCAUAUUUGCUUUUGCCUGGAUUUAAUGUGUUCUUAACUGUGAUAUUGCAGAGGAUGUAGUAGCCUAUGGCUUUGUUGACUUUUGCUUCUGGCCCUGCCCACUACUUGCAUGCAGCCCCUGGAAGGUUCCCCAUGAGGGAGCAUGAAUUUCAGGACUACCUUUUGUUUGCAAGCCUUCUAGAAUGGAUGAGCUAUUUCUGCACUUGUACUGGUCAGGCAGAGUGCUUUUGAGUUACAAGAAGGGGCCAAAGUGUUUUGGCUCACUCUCUUAGCAACUACAAUGCACUAGCACUCAGAGACGCAGUUUGAGUGACACGCUAAGUCUAGGUGCACCAUGAAUGAACAAGCAUACUGGUGCAUUCUGCUACAGUGGUGCCUGCCUGUCCCUCUCUUUGCAAAGCUGGAAGGGAACAAACUCAAGCACUGGCUUAGUGUGACCCAAUGGUCAUGGUUUGCUUCUCUCUGAACAAAUCAUGAGCAGAAGCCACAAGUGCUGCUUGCUAAUUGCUAAUGCUAAUUCUGUGCUUUGCUUUCUCUCAGCUUUGGGAAGGAGGGGAAGGCAUGAUUUUAGCACACUUGCUCAUGAAUGGUAAGCCACAGCUGAGCUUACUGCGAUGUAUGUGCCAGGCCAAAGUGAGAUCUUUCUCCGACCAUUCAAACAAGAGUAUCUGUCAAUUUCUCACCUUUUACACAACCACCUGUGUGGCUUUCAUUGCAGCCCAAUUGUACAGAAAAUCCGCCACGAUUGCGCAGAACCAUUUGCUGCAUUCGAACAGUGUCUUAAACUGAACCAGACGUCUGUAGUCAACUGCAGUGAACAUGUCCAGAAAUUCCUGCUCUGUGCUGACCAGGUGAAACUGGCCACAUAAGGUUGGUGCCCCAAACUGAUAUGUAAGAGGGCGCCCCCCCCCCCCGCUCUCCAUGUGCAUGCAUGUGUCAUUCUUGGGUGGCCACUCUUACAGUGGUGCCUCGCAAGACGAAAUUAAUUCGUUCCGCGAGUUUUGUCGUCUUGCGAUUUUUUUCAUCUUGCGAAGCACAGUGUCGGGAAAGUUUUGGAAAAGCUUCAAAAAUCACCAAAGUCUUUAAAAACCUCAAAAAAGGCUACCACACCGCGUUCUAUGAGUUGCUCCUCGAAGUCAAGUCGCAACUGUAUUAACGGUGUUAAGAAAAAGAAAACAAACUUGCAAGACGUUUCCGUCUUGCGAAGCAAGCCCAUAGGGAAAAUCGUCUUGCGAAGCAGCUCAAAAAACAAAAAACCCUUUCGUCUAGCGAGUUUUUUGUCUUGCGAGGCAUUCGUCUUGCGAGGUACCACUGUAUUUCCCCAGCAGUGAUCCAGGAGUGUGUUUUGCCAAACAAGCUAACCCACUAAUCCAGUUGUGGCCGUUGUUAGAGUAAACACUUCUCUGUUUAACCUAUGCAUGCUCGAGCCUGGAACUACAAAAAUACACUUACAUAGCUGUUCUUUACAAACAAUUCCAAAGGGGGAAAUAUAUCUCUCACUUGAGCCUUUGUUCUUCCUCUCCUAUAAGCAGCACUCGAUUACUGCUUAGUCGGCCUGCCAGGGACCAGAUAAAAUUGCACUGACAGGGACUUCUUCUCACCUCUCAGUUGCCAAACUGCUCUCCUGUCCUAAGUUAGGCUUGGUAACAGUGUGCAAGCCUCCAUCAGCCUUGAAAAUAGAGAGUCCCCUGAGGCCUCCUGUUCCCCUGCUGUCUCCAUCUUCUCUUCUAGGCACAUAUUUGGAAAACAGGCAGCCAGGAUGUUUGCUGCCAUUCUAUUUCCAAGGAGUCUUGUGGCACUGUAAAAGAUGAACCACUUUAUGAUGGACUACACUUGCUCCGGGACGUGGGUGGCGCUAUGGGUAAAAGCCUCAGUGCCUAGGACUUGCUGAUCGAAAGGUCGGCGGUUCGAAUCCCCGCGGUGCGGUGCGCUCCCGUUGCUCGGUCCCAGCGCCUGCCAACCUAGCAGUUCGAAAGCACCCCCGGGUGCAAGUAGAUAAAUAGGGACCGCUUACUGACGGGAAGGUAAACAGCGUUUCCGUGUGCUGCGCUGGCUCGCCAGAUGCAGCUUUGUCACGCUGGCCGCGUGACCCGGAAGUGCCUCCGGACAGCGCUGGCCCCUGGCCUCUUAAGUGAGAUGGGCGCACAACCCUAGAGUCGGACACGACUGGCCCGUACGGGCAGGGGUACCUUUUACACUUGCUCCACUUCCACAAUGCAUUUGUUAGCCUCCUCCACACCCAUUAAAUCUGCUCUGGAGGGUUGGAGGGAUCUCCAGAACGGUUUAGGGGGCAUGUGGUGGAGAGGAGAGGGAGGAAAAGUCUCAUUGUGCAAAUGGACCUCCUUCCAGGGACACAUCCCCCAUUUUGCACUACGUUGAAUUCCACCUGUUGUGAUGUACUGUUUUGAUAGGCCUUUCAUUUGUGCUGUGUUUGUUCUUUGUCCCUCUCUCCUUCUCCUUCAGUACCAAAAAAGGUGAUUUCCUCUGUGUUAACUCUGGGGUGUCGACUGGAUUAAAGGUUCCUGGUUCCAGGAAUGGCAACAACGUCAUCCUCAAGAUCUACUAGGUCACAAGAAUUGCUUCCCGGUCCUGGAAGCCCAUUUCUGCAGCCAUGCCUGUCAAUGCCAUCUCAGUGUGGCACAUUGAAGUGCAGCUUCUGAUCAAUAAACCAUGGGAACCACAUAGGCAUGACCAUGGUAGUCUCAGCUCCAUCUGCAAAGCCAGCCCUGCCUCUUGGAGCCCAGUGUGUGUGUUUUCCUGAGCCUGGAGCUCAUCCAGGCACAGUGCAAUAAACUGCAGUCAAAGACCAGAA